AUGGAGCCCGGCGCCCUGCCUGACCUCCGCGACGUGGAGCAGAAGCUGGGGCGCAAAGUGCCCGAGAGCCUGGCGCGGCCCCUGCGCGGGGAGGAGCUCCCGGGCCGCCCCGCCGCCGCGGGCCCCGGGCCCCGCCGCCGCCGCGCUGCCGCCCUGGCCCGGCUGGAGACGAAACUUCAGCUCCUGAGGCAGGAGAUGGUUAAUCUUCGAGCCACUGAUGUGAAACUUAUGCGCCAGCUCCUACUCAUCAAUGAAAGUAUUGAAUCAAUCAAGUGGAUGAUUGAAGAGAAAGCCAUUGCCAGCAGAGGCAGCAGUUUGAGUGGAAGCCUGUGCAGCUUGCUAGAAAGUCAGGAGACAUCCCUCCAUGGCAGCUGUAACAGUUUGCAAGACUGUAGUGAUGGACUGGAUGGAAUAUCAGUGGGGAGUUACUUGGACACCUUAGUGGAUGAUGUCCCUGGUCACCAAACUCCUUCAGAUAUGGACAAGUUCAGUGAUUCUUCUGUCACAGAGGACUCACAGUCUCUGCAUAAGCAUCCCAAAAUUGAUUCUGAUGAGUACUACUGUUUUGGUUAAUAAGAACAAGUUCCAGUGGGACACAAAUGCACUUGUACUUACUCUUUUUCUUUGCUGCUAUUUUAUUUCAUAUGCAAAACCCCCAAAGUCCUUUUGGAAGGAGAAUAUGAUACUUCAAUUCUAUUGCAUAACUUUUCUAUUUCUUCUAAUGCAUUUUGUCCUUGAUGUAUUGGGCUUGUCUCAUCCUCACAUUUUCUUAAUUUAUUGUCACAAUUUUUUUUGUUUUAAUUUUUUACAAUGCUGUAUUCACAAGUCUGUAAAAGUGGUCAAGGAAAAGCUUUAUCUUUAAAAUGAAACAUCAGGGAAUGAGUAACAAUUUUGUAUUUGUUGUUAAUAAAGCAUCUUCUAAUAAAUAUAUGUUGUCAUAAAUUUUCUUGACUACCACAUCUGGCCUUUCCAAAGAGAAUGUUCUUAUUGAGCCUUAAAUCUGAAUCUUGAAAAUACCUCUACAAAAUAAUUUUCCUUUUCUAAGCAAUGAAAUUUGAUUCUGUUAAGCUGUCUUCAUUUGAAAUAUAAAGCAUUCUAAA